GAUUCCCCGGGGGUGAGGCUGAGCGCUGGGACCGGGGUCUGUAAGGAUGUAUCGGCACUACGUGCAGCAUCUGAUUUACUCCGUGAUUCUGAUGCUUAUCAACAACGCGUGAAGAUUGCAACGAGGAUCCUCCCUGGAAGGCGAGGAGGAGUGACUUCCAGGGGGCUGGGAGGAGGUGGAGUGCAGCUCUCGCCUAUAAGGAGGUGCCCAGCGCCCGGUGCCGCUUCCAGCCGCAGCUCGCGAGGCGCAUUGCCGCGGCGGCUGCCGGGCUGAGCGCUCGGCUCGGGCGCUGCCGCCGCUUUUUGGAACGGCUUCCCCCUACCAGGACUGCCGAGCAGGGUCCCUUGGCUCCACCUGCCCCUGAACCCGGAGUGCCUGGAUGCUGGAUGGAGUAAAUGAGCGGAGAAAGAGGGAGCGCACAAAGGCUGAGAGGCGCUCGGAGAGCGGGACCGGGGGAGACAGGCGGGCGGCUGCUGGCUUCCCCCCGCGGGGCUGAAGAUGGAUUCCCCAGCCCUCGGGGCUAUCGCUCUGCUGCUCGCCGGUUUUUGGCACCUGGGAUUGACCGCGACAAAUUAUAAUUGUGAUGGUGCAUUGGUAUCUGCCUUACCUUCAUCAGCCUUUACCAGCUCCUCUGAGUUCUUCAGUACUCACAGUCCCAGCUUUGCAAAGCUCAACAGGCGAGAUGGAGCUGGAGGCUGGUCCCCGCUGGACUCCAACGAGCAGCAGUGGCUCCAGGUUGAUCUAGGAGACAGAGUGGAGAUUGUUGGGGUCGCUACCCAGGGCAGGUAUGGGAGCUCAGACUGGGUAACCAGCUACAUGCUGAUGUUCAGCGACACCGGCCGCAACUGGAAGCAGUACAGAAAAGACGACACCAUCUGGGUUUUCACAGGGAACAGCAAUGCUGACAGCGUGGUUCACCACAAACUCCUGCACUCCAUGAAGGCCCGCUUCUUGCGCUUCAUCCCUCUGAAGUGGAAUGUUGGUGGUCACAUAGGGCUGAGAGUGGAGGUCUUUGGCUGUGCCUAUAAGUCAGAUAUUGCAGACUUCGAUGGCAGAAGUUCCCUUCUCUACAGGUUCAAUCAGAAGCUUAUGAGCACAUUCAAAGAUGUGGUUUCCCUAAAGUUCAAGAGCAUGCAGGAGGAUGGAGUCUUAUUCCACGGAGAAGGACAACGUGGAGACUAUAUUACCCUGGAACUGCAGAAAGGGAAGCUCUCCUUGCACAUCAACCUAGGGGACUCCAACUUGCACUUCACUAACAGCCACACAUCCGUCACCCUGGGCAGCCUUCUGGAUGACCAGCACUGGCACUCGGUUCUCAUAGAGCGCUUCAACAAGCAGGUGAACUUCACAGUGGACAAGCACACUCAGCAUUUUCGAACGAAGGGGGACUCGGAUCACUUAGAUAUUGAUUACGAGCUCAGCUUUGGAGGCAUUCCUGUCCCAGGGAAACCAGGAACCUUUCAGAGGAAAAAUUUCCAUGGCUGCAUUGAGAACCUUUAUUACAAUGGAGUCAAUAUAAUUGACCUGGCAAAAAGGCGCAAACCUCAAAUCUAUACUGUGGGGAACGUGACCUUUUCCUGCUCAGAACCACAAAUUGUUCCCAUCACCUUUGUCAGCUCCAGUAGAAGCUACUUGUUACUGCCUGGCACUCCUCAAAUUGAUGGGUUGUCAGUCAGUUUUCAGUUUCGAACAUGGAAUAAAGAUGGCUUACUCCUGUCCACCGAAUUGUCUGAAAAUUCAGGAUCUCUUUUGGUUUACCUCCACGGUGGGAGACUGACACUUCUUAUUCAGAAAGUGGCAGAAGACCCAGUGGAAAUCAGUGAAGGCACCAAUCUCCAUGAUGGGCUUUGGCAUUCACUUAACAUCAACGCCAGAAGACAUCGCAUUACCCUGACACUGGAUAACAAUGCUGCCACUGCUAGCCAUGCGACCACUGUCUCAAGAAUCUACUCAGGGAACAGCUACUAUUUUGGAGGAUGCCCUGACAACUUCACUGAUUCCCAAUGUUUAAAUCCCAUUACUGCUUUUCAAGGCUGUAUGAGGCUCAUCUUUAUUGAUAACCAGCCCAAGGACCUCAUUUUAGUUCAGCAAGGCUCCCUGGGGAAUUUUAGUGAUUUACACAUUGAUCUGUGUGACAUCAAAGACAGAUGUUUGCCUAACUACUGUGAACAUGGAGGAAAAUGCUCUCAGUCCUGGACCACCUUUUACUGCGACUGUAAUGACACAAGUUACAUGGGGGCGACCUGUCAUAAUUCUAUCUAUGAACAAUCAUGUGAGGCUUACCGGCACCAAGGGAAGACGUCAGAUUUCUUCUACAUUGAUUCUGAUGGAAGUGGACCACUUGGACCACUCCGGGUUUUUUGCAAUAUAACAGAAGACAAGAUCUGGACUGCAGUGCAACACAACAACACAGAGCUAACCAGAGUUCAAGGAGCUGGUCCAGAGAAGCCCUACACCAUGUCCUUUAACUACAACAGCAGCGCAGAGCAGCUUGAAGCUGUGAUAAACAGUGCAGAGUACUGUGAGCAGGAGGCAGCCUACCACUGCAAAAAGUCACGUCUCCUCAACACCCCAAAUGGAAUGCCAUUUGCUUGGUGGGUUGGACGUGCCAAUGAAAAGCAUCUUUACUGGGGAGGAUCACUUCCGGGCAUUCAGCAGUGUGCAUGUGGACUGGAAGAAAGUUGUCUGGAUAUGAGAUAUUUUUGCAACUGUGACGCAGAUAGAGAAGAAUGGACAAAUGAUACCGGCCUCCUUGCUUUCAAAGACCAUUUGCCUGUAACUCAGAUAGUGAUCACUGACACAAACAGAUCAAAUUCUGAGGCUGCUUGGAAAAUCGGCCCUUUGCGUUGCUAUGGAGACAGGCAGUUCUGGAACGCCGCUUCUUUCAACACAGAGGCUUCCUACCUGCACUUCCCCACCUUCCACGCUGAGGUCAGCGCAGACAUCUCCUUCUUCUUCAAAACUACGUCUCUCUCUGGUGUAUUCUUGGAAAACCUUGGGAUGAAAGACUUCAUACGAGUUGAAAUAAGAUCCCCCAAAGAGAUCACCUUCUCCAUAGACGUUGGAAAUGGCCCCACAGAAGCAACUGUGCAGUCUCCCACACCCCUGAAUGACAAUCAGUGGCACUACAUUCGAGCAGAGCGGAACCUGAAGGAAACCAGUCUCCAGGUGGACAACCUCCCCAAGAAGGUCCUGGAGGCACCUGCAGAGGGGCACUUUCGGUUGCAGCUCAACAGCCAAUUAUUUGUAGGGGGAACAGCUUCCAGACAAAAGGGCUUUUUAGGAUGUAUUCGAUCUCUGCAUUUAAACGGACAGAAGCUUGACCUUGAAGAAAGAGCUAAAAUGACUCCUGGUGUUAAACCUGGAUGUCCAGGACAUUGCAGUAGUUAUGGUAACCUGUGCCAUAAUGGAGGAAAAUGUGUGGAGAAAUAUAAUGGGUAUUCUUGUGAUUGCACCAGCUCAGCCUAUGAAGGGCCCUUCUGCAAGGAAGAGGUUUCUGCAUUAUUUGAAGCUGGCACUUCUAUUACCUAUAUUUUCCAAGAACCUUAUCCUGUCACAAAAAAUGCAAGCACUUCAAGUUCUGCCAUUUAUGCAGAUGCCGUCAUGUCCAAGGAAAAUAUUGCAUUUAGCUUUCUCACUGCACAUGCUCCAAGCCUUCUCCUGUACAUCAACACCUACUUUCAUGAAUAUUUGGCUGUGAUUCUCUCCAAGAAUGGAAGUUUACAGGUUCGAUACAAGUUGAGUAAGGAUGGACUGCUCAUCUUCACAAUUGACUCUGGAAAUUUUGCCAACCGAGAGAUGCAUCACGUGAAGAUCAACAGAGAAGGCAGAGAGCUCAUCAUUCAGGUUGAUCAAGUUAUCAAACUCAAACACAACUUUUCUGAGAUUGAUUUUAAGGCCAUCAAAUCACUUACUUUGGGCAAGGUCACAGAUAGUUUAUCACUGGACCCUGAAGUCUCAAAGGCAAAUGCCUAUGGUUUCACUGGCUGCAUGUCCUCUGUUCGGUAUAACCACAUUGCUCCCCUGAAAGCUGCCUUACGCCAUCCCAGCAUUGCUCCUGUGGCUGUCAAGGGCUCCUUGACUGAGUCCAGCUGUGCAUCCCUAAUGGAAGCUGAUGUGAACACGGCAACCACAAUAUAUUCCUCAUCAGAUCCUUUUGGGAAGACAGAUGAAAGGGAGCCUCUCACCAAUGCGGUCAGAAGUGAUUCUGCUGUGAUUGGAGGUGUAAUAGCAGUUGUGAUAUUCAUCAUCUUUUGCAUCAUCGCCAUCAUGAGCAGAUUCCUCUAUCAGCACAAACAGGCACAUCGAAGUAGCCAGACAAAGGAGAAGGAAUACCCAGAAAAUCUUGAGAGCUCUUUUAAAGCUGACAUUGACUUGCAGAACACAGUGAGCGAGUGCAAACGAGAAUAUUUCAUAUGAUGGACAAUGCAAUUUCUUUUUACUCUUACUCCCCUGAACUUCCUUCCUUCUUCCCCUGCCCUUUUUUUUUAAAAAAAAAAAUCCUUUUUUUUUUUUGCUUUCUUUCUUUUUCAUUUGAGAAAGAUCACCCUGCAAAAGAAACACUGACAACAAUCACAGUGCCUCAUUCUCUGCACAACAACCUGGCAAUCACAGUUUACUUCUGCAGCUCAAGAGACCUGUUACCCCACUCUAAACAAAAUAAGAUCCACACAUGCACCUGGUUUCUGCCAUGACUUCCUGGAUGUUUCCAAGUCCCUACUUUUGUGUUUGUUGUGUUUUUUUCCCCCUCUGGAACCAGUUAAUUCACCACAUUUACAAUAGAGCUGGGCUAUGUAAAGUAGCUGAGUACAUAGCUCUACAGAUAGUGGGACAGGAGAAAGGGAAAAAAUGAAACCAAACCACCUGACUUAUUUUACAGGCUCAUUUACAACAAUCAUAAAGAACCAGAAAAAAUCUCAAAUGAUAUGAAUAGACAUAUGCAUUGAUUUUGGUGUUACAUUAAUUUAUACCAGUUGAGAAACUGGUAUGAGGUAAUGAAAAAUAAAACUGUCUUUCUCAUUAAGCUCCUUCCCCCAACCUCCUGUCCUUUUACUGUAACUUUUAGGCUUACCAUUUCUUUUCCAACAGUGUAUGUAUCAACAAUGAAUAUCAUUCCCAUACACUUCUUUCACCUCCAUCUCAUAAGGCUGGCUUUGUAGACCCAACAUACUCUAGCAUAUCUCUAGCUGAAGCAUGGAAAAUAGUAGCUUGAAUCUCCAAGGGUUUUAGGAAGCUGCUAGGACUUAGGUGCACUAUAUUUGUCUGAAAUGUUAUAAAUGCAGCAUAUGUUCAUGACAUAUGGAGGAUUAUCAUGUGCUGAGGUUAAACACUGUUGCCACUGAGGCAAAUAAAAUAUACGAGAGGAAAAUUAGAAGUAGUUAAUCUUAAACACGAUAUGCCAGUUAUUAAGAUAAAAAUAAUAAUUAGAAGAAAUAAUUCCAAGUGCUCAAAAAACCCUGCAAAAACUGCAUGAAAGAUUGAGUGAUAUUUCUUUGUAGAAACUGGAAUAACCACUCCAAAGCUAAAUAACAGAGAUUUAAUAUUAUGUCUAAGAAGGUUAAUAUUUAAUCAAGCCUAUGAAAUCUGUGAAAAAAAUCCCAACUGCUUCAAUUAAGAGAAACAGUAGUGAAGAUUAAAGUCUUCUGUCCUUUACAGAUUGGGAACAAUACUGAAGGCUCAAAUCCUGCCCAUUUUAAUUGUGCUGCAUAGUUGUACUAUGAGCCUGAAAAAAAAAAAAUCUUCUUUUCAUUCAUAGAUGCUGUAAGGCUAGGGAACUGAGAGGUCCCUCCAGGGUGAGGUUUUUCACACCUUGCUUGCAUCUGUGUAACAUAUUUUCUUCACAGGGCUGCUGAAGAGUAUUUAAAAUUUACUGUCAGACUUGCAAGUUUCUCACUGGAGUUGGAUCAAUUCAACAGCUAAGAAAAAAAGAAUCCUACUUAUUGCUGUAUUCUUUGGAUGAGAAUUUAGUCAGGAGAAUUACUGUACAGCUGGAUCUCUUUCUUUGUCCCCUACAUCAUUCUGGAGUCAUCCUAGGGUGUCCACAUACUGAUUAUUUUCACAUCAAUUAAAAUCAAAGAAUUUUUGUGUGAAGUAAUGAUCAAUAGCAAAUUAUUGAUGAAAUUAGACAAACAACAGGUGCUUUAUUUCCCAGGCAGUGCAUUGGUCACAGAGGUAUUUUACAGGAUGCUUUGUGAUGGGAGGAGGGGUCAGACAAAGGAAAAAAUAAAGGACAGGUUGGAAGUGAUGAUUAUUUAUCACUUCCCUUGAUGAGAAGUAGAAUCCAGUGAAAAGAAAGCAAUCUUGGAAUGAUACUGUUCUUACACAAAGAGGAGUACAUGACACCGGCCUCACAACCAGAAGACUAACCAAGCAAUUUUACAAAGCUGGCUAUGCUGAAAUUAGAACUGGUUCCCUUCUUCCUUGACUAGGGUUGGCAACAGACUUUCUGGCUCAUGCUGGAUGUUUGUAUGGUAUACAAUUACUUGAGAGUGUUUGGGCAUGGUGAGAUGUGUAAUGAUGGAGUCAUUAGCUGUGUUCUCCUUAUGUUGCUUUAUCUUCCACUAUGAAAGCCUGGCAAAGCAAUUCUUUUCUCCUUCCUUUCCCUAGGUAAAGCUGAACGGUUUUUCACAUGAGGGAAGGAAUAAGCAAGCACAUGGGCACCUGCUCCCAUGUUUGAGUCAUUUUAUUUGAAGUGACCCCUGUCUGAGCCAACUCUGACAACCUAAUGUACUUAAUUGGCUUUACAAAGAAUGGAAUAGGAAGGAGGGGAAAGUGCAUAAGUGAAUUUUUGUUCCCCCCCCUCCAAAACAGUCUCUGUUCAGAAAGACACAAAUCAUCCUUGUGUUUUGCUGCAUGCUAGGUUGUAGGAAUAAAAGUACUACAAUAUACAACUACAGAGCGCAAAACACAGUGGAGUAGCUAUAGAAUGCAGACUAAGCAAUGGAGCACAGUCCUCUCAUUUUUCAAGUGACUUAAAUCACUUUCAGCAUCUCAGAACCUGAUUCCGCAGGAUGCUUAGAUUUCUCAAGGAGGAUCAAGUUCCCAUCACCAAAUGUAGAUACUGAUGUUGCUGCAAACGUUUCAGAUACUGUUCAGUGGCUCAAUUCUGGGAGAGGUGUAAGUAGUAUGUUACGUGCAAGCACAGACUGGCAAAACAGUGUGUCUUCUAUAUUUAUUUUCCUUUUCCUCAUUCAUUAUAGUCCAGGCUGGUAAAACUUGAAGCAUUUUGCUAUAUCAGUGUGCUUCUGUAAAAAGAACAAACUGCACAUACAUAAAUGCAUGCACAAGUAUAAAGAAACACAUGCAUCUGUACCUAUGGAUGUAAUGAGUGUCAAUGUUUAUAUGCUACAGGGCUGGAUAAAAGAGCACUUUUGUAGAGGUGUGCAUAUAAGAUCCUGCUUUUAAAUCAGGUUGUUAAUAUUCUUCUAACUAAAAAAAUAGCUAAAAACUACUAUAUAAAGGUAAACUCUUACACUAUUUCAGUUGCUUAUUUAUUUUGUUGCAGUGCUUUCUUUAGUGAAGGGCAUCAUUGGUUUACUUUAGUUCCAGUUAGUGGCAAUAAAAAUUAGAGAAAAUAAAUAAAUACAAGUUUUCAAAAACCUCCCUAUGUUAAAAUUGCCUUCAUUUUCCAUAGUUCAAAUUAGAUCUUCUUUCCCCUAUCUAUUGCAAAUCACUUGUAGUAUUCUCAUUAAAAGGGCCUUAAACCAGGGGGGUGGGGGUUCUUCCCUGUUCUCUUUUAACUAUCAUUCUAGGUAACAGUUUUCAGUAAACAUGAAGUACUUUUUACAUAUACAAAGUCAGGUCGUCUUCUAACAUAAAACCAAAGGGCACUAAAGGUUUUUGGAGGGUUUCUGUUCUGGAAUGUUUUUUGUUCUUUUCCCUAAGAAAAGUUCCAUAGAGAAUGGAAGGGGCAAUUAGAAGGAUCCCAAGUCCCUUUUUUCCUUCUACAGUUAUGUCACCUCUGAAAAAUAAUUUCUUCUAGGGAUUUUUAGGCUACCAAAUACUGAGAUUGAGACUUAGGCACUGCAAAUUCCUAUUUCCCAGAAACAACUCAACUUUGCCCAUAAUAGCCACGCCUUGCACAUCUGCUUUGCUGUGAGAUGUUUUAAAUACUACAGGGCAUUUAAGUUCCUUUGAAGAUUGGGCCCCAUUUCUCUUCUAGAAAUAAAGCAUUAGUCCAAGUAAGCCACCAGUGUAAUUUUGCAGUAAGUUUUUUCCACUGUCCUUAUUCACUUACGGGAGAAAAGACUGCAAGUGUUUGGAGUGCAUUUUUAACAUAUACACCUUUUUUUUUUCCUCUCCUUUUUUCUUGGCAUGGCAGGGCACUACAGUGAGAACAAACCCAGGCAGGAGACAGGCUUUUAACUCACACUGGCUAAGCCAGGAUUCUCAUUUGGGUGCAAGAAGCUUCAGAAAAAAAAAAGCCAUUUAGAGCUGUGCUAAGAUUCAGUCCCCUAACACUUACAUUAAAAUAAAUGGCCAAAAAAAAAAAUCAAAGAUGAGAUGUAUCAUCUCUUCUUUGUUCUAACUUGAUCUAGCCAGACUGAACCCAUCCUAUUUAUCAAUUCCUAGGUUUUUACAGUGUCAGCCAAAACAUUACUUUAAUUAGAUGUUUGCCUAUAUUAGCAUUUAGCUGACACACAUUUGGUGAGGAACAAUCAAUACAUGGUUUUGCUAGACUGGGGGGAUAUGAAUCUUCUCAUAAUGAUGUCCGACAUUGAUUUUGCUUAGUGUAGGACUGAGCCCUAGACCAUGAAGAACUUGAAGACUGUCUUUGAGUCUUUUCAUUUUGUUUCGGUUGGCAUUUGUUUUUACAGGCUACUUGUUUCACACUUGUCAUUAAGUCAGUGAGGACAGCAAAUAUCUAGACAUACUUUAAGGUGAAAGAUCAGGCUCUAGAGGUGAAUAUUUCUCUAUUGAUCAUAGAGAGAGCAGGAUCCUGGCAGUAGGCUAGCUACUUAUAGCAGUAUUUGCCUAUAUAAAGGGAUCUUGAAAUAUCCUUGCAGCUCCAGUAGACACAUCUGCACAAGGCUUAAAGAAACAUGUUUCUUUCAGAGGUGCCAGCUGGGACUGGGAAAGGAUCCUCCUAGUAUCUAAAAUCACACUAGGCAUCUCUGGCUAGGAAACGCAUCUGUCUGCUUAUAGUUGAAUACAUCAAAGUCAUGUGUCAGAGCACCCUUUUGAGUCAGUGGCCAUCCUGCCAGUAAUCCAUGGAGUUCAGAGAAAACAGAUCUUUCUCCAAUCUAUUCAAGACCUAGAAUCCAUCGAUUAGCAUGGGAGCUUUGACAAAUAGCAUAAGCAUAAACAGAUCUUCACAUUUCAUAAUCUAAAGCUAUAUCAGGUCACCUAAGAUGCCUUUCUACCCCUGUAUGCCUGGUGUCAUUUGAAAUAAACUAGAUUUUCAGUGCAGCUGCAGCACAGAUGCAAGUCUCCUUCCUGUCACAUCUGUUAUCUGCUAGCCCCAAGCAGAUAUAUUACUGAUACCUGUUGGCUUUUCACGUUACAGUAAGCAUCCAUCCAGAAUCUUCAACUUCUAAACAAGACAAACCCUUGAAAAAUCCCAUCUUCAGAACAAAAUCAGCCUUCCUUUCUAUUAGAGUAAGCCAACUGGUUGAAGUACAUCCUUCACCCCUGGAUAGCAGAGCCUAAGAGGAAGCAGGAUUUGACUCCUUCAGACUCUGCCAUCUCCUGCCAUUGUUGUUUCUUGUCUUCACCUACACUAAGCUUACACUGAAGAUGAAUUUCAAGUAUUGUUUUGCACUGGUAGCUUUUCACAGACAUAGUGUCUUUUAUUAUGAUUUUUCAAAAAGCAAUGCUGUGUAAAAGAGUUGAGUAGAAGCUGAGAGCUUGUGAGGAUCUCUGAGACAAGUGCUGUUUCAAAGCUUUCAUGCAGUUUUGCAAUGCUUACUUAUCAAACAAACCAAGCAGUACAGCUACAUUCCUGCCAAAACAAAGGCCUUAUCCAGAGCUCUUUGAGGUUGGUGGGAGGCCUCUUGGUUGACUACAGUUAGAGUUGUACCGUGCCCCUUGAGGUUUUCUUGACAAGUUACUCUCUCAGCCAUGCAGUUUCAAAGCAUAAUUUGUUUCUUUUGGAUCUGAACUUGCUGUGCUUCCUUCUCCAAUGAAAAGUUCUCCACGUCCCCUUUCAGUGCAAGUCCCCUUCUCUGUGCUCCUUUUGUACAUGAAACUUCUAAAAACGCUCUUCUUUGGGGUCUGAAAUAGCUUUUUUCCUCCCUUUGGUUGUUUAUUUUGAGCCAUGCCUAUAGGAGUUUGGAUAUUUCUAUGUAUCAGUACUUAUUUUUGUGAUCUUUUGUUUCUUGACAAAAACUGGGAAAAAAAAGCACUGCUGAACUAUUGUAAUUUGUAAGCUUGUUAUUCGUUGUUUGUAAUGUACUGAGUGAGUCUACAAGCCAAGCUAAGGAAGGAUUAAGGCAACAAUUUCUGUUGACAGCUGCUCCAUAUCUAGUUCACCUGAUUUAUUUUUCUCCCUCUCCUUUUUUCUUUAACAUGGGGGGCUAUUGAAUUGGUGGUAGGAGACAGAAGAACUCAAGUUAUUGUGCUAACUAAGGUUAUUAUUUUUCUCCUGGCAGUCACAGAAAACAGAAUUUGAAGAAAUGACAUGAUUCUCAAAAUAUCAGCCAGAUAUUCAGCUAUGAGACUGUACUCCACCAUGAGCUGUAGUCACCUAGGGAUGGUGACCUGUAAGAGCAAAUGGGGACAUUACCUUGCCAAAUUACAAUUGCAGCGAGACAGUGAAUGAGGGAAAUGCUCUCAGAAAGGUAAAGCUGUUGGAACUCAUGCAUGGUAAUCCUCAGGUGGAU